CCCCCUCCCCACCCGGAGGACCGGUGGAGCUGGCCGAGGCGGCUUGGAGCCUGCUCCGGUAUCGCUCCGCAGUGAGGAUGAGGCUCACCAUCUGCACCCUGCUGUGCGCGGGGGCGCUGGGGCUGUGCCUGGCCGUCCCCGACAAAAAUGUGCAAUGGUGCACCAUCUCAGAUCAUGAAUUCGCGAAGUGCUUGAAUUUCAGCAUGAGUAUGAAGAAAGUCCUCCCUGAGGCUGGUCCCGUUGUUUUGUGUGUGAAGAAAAGCUCCUACCUUGAGUGCAUCGAGGCCAUUGCGGAAAACAAAGCAGAUGCUGUGACAUUGGAUGCAGGUUUGGUGUUUGACGCGGGCCGAGCCCCCUUCAACCUGAAACCUGUAGUGGCAGAGUACUACGGGUCAAAAGAGUAACCACAAACCAGCUAUUAUGCUGUGGCCGUGGUGAAGAAGGGCAGUGGCUUCCAGCUGAAUGAGCUUCGAGGCAAGAAGUCCUGCCACACAGGCCUUGGCAGGUCCGCUGGGUGGAACAUCCCCAUGGGCACACUCUAUUCUGAAUUGCCUGAGCCACAGGAAUCUCUUCAGAAAGCAGGGGCCAAUUUCUUCGCUGCCAGCUGUGUCCCCGGUGCGGAUGGGACAGCCUUCCCCAAACUGUGUCAGCUGUGUGCUGGGAAAGGGAAAGACAAGUGUGCCUACUCCCACCAUGAACCGUACUUUGGCUACUCGGGUGCCUUCAAGUGUCUGCAGGAUGGAGCGGGGGAUGUGGGCUUCGUGAGACAUAUGACUGUGUCAGAGAACCUUGCACGCCAGGCUGACGGGGACCAGUACGAGCUCCUCUGCAGGGACAACACCCGGAAGCCAGUAGACAAAUAUGAGGAGUGCCACCUGGCCGCUGUCCCUUCCCAUGCCGUUGUGGCCCGAAGUGUAGGUGGCAAGGAGGACUUGAUCUGGGAGCUUCUCAACCAGGCCCAGGAAUAUUUUGGAAAAGACACGUCAGCAGACUUCCAGCUCUUUGGCUCUCCUUACAAGAAGGACCUGCUGUUUACAGACGCCGCCCAUGGGUUUUUAAAAGUCCCAUCUAAGAUGGAUGCCAUGCUGUACCUGGGACAUGAACAUUUAGCUGCCAUUCGGUCUCUAAGGGGAGGUGGGAAAGGUUCACAGACGGUGAAGUGGUGUGCAGUGGGCCACCAUGAGAGUGCCAAGUGUAGCGAGUGGACUAUCGUGAGUGGUGGCAUCUUAGAGUGCACCACGAAGAAGACCACUGAGGACUGCAUUGCUGCCAUUGUGAAAGGAGACGCUGAUGCCAUGAGCUUAGAUGGAGGAUUUAUCUACACGGCGGGCAAGUGCGGUCUGGUCCCUGUCCUGGCAGAGAACUACAUGUCCCAAGAUAGCAAAGAGCAGCUUGGGUCUAGGUGUGAAAAUAUACUGAUGGAAGGCCACUACGCUGUGGCAGUGGUUAAGAAAUCAGAUGCCGACCUCACCUGGAACUCUCUGCGAGGCAAGAAGUCCUGCCACACCGCAGUUGGCACUUCUGCGGGCUGGAACAUCCCCAUGGGCUUGAUAUACAACCAAACGGGGUCCUGCAAAUUUGGUGAAUUCUUCAGUCAAAGCUGUGCCCCUGGGUCUGAUCCAGAGUCCAGUUUCUGUGCUCUGUGCGGCGGCGGCAGCAAUGCAGCCCACAAGUGUGCUCCCAACAGCCACGAGAAAUACUACGGCUCCAGUGGGGCACUCAGGUGUCUGGUUGAGAAGGGAGACGUGGCCUUCGUGGAGCACCCCACGGUCCUGCAGAACACAGACGGAAAAAACCCUGAAGACUGGGCUAAGGACCUAAAGCAGAAAGACUUUGAGCUGCUGUGCCUCGAUGGCACCAGAAAGCCUGUGACUGAGGCUCAGAACUGCCACCUAGGCAUAGUCCCAAAUCAUGCUGUGGUCUCAAGGAAAGAUAAGGCAGAUUCUGUUCGCAGAAUGCUCUUCAACCAACAGGAGCUCUUUGGAAGAAAUGGGUUUGAGUAUAUGAUGUUCCAGUUGUUCAGGUCCUCAACCAAGGACCUGCUCUUCAGUGAUGACACGGAAUGUUUGGCUAACCUUCAGGACAAAACAACUUAUCAAAAGUACUUAGGACCAGAGUAUCUUAAAGCCAUUGCUAAUGUGAGGCAAUGCUUACCCUCUGAACUUCUCAACGCCUGCACCUUCCAUGGAAGUUAAAAAGUGAUCAAAGUGGGCAACUGCAGAGAUGCUCAGAGCCUGCAGAUAUGAUGGGGCCACAUUCCCAAUUGUCUGUAUGUGGGUCUGUGUUAACAUCUUUAUAAUUAUGUGCUAUACCUGAUGCAAAAAAUUAAAAUGAAUAAAAAUUAUUGUCUUCUCAGAAAACUUC